GAUGGCGGUGAGAUCACUGAUCAUCCGAUAAUUUAGAAGUAUAUAGGCUAUAUAAACUAUACAUAUAAUCUUUGUGUCAUUAAUCUUCGUUGUUACAGGAAACUUUGACAGUCAGCAUUUCAGAAUCAUGUAUGGAAUUCAACUGACUCCGAUGCCCCGCUACAAGAGAACAGAGUUUGAAGAAGAUGAAACAAGUAGUACUAACAGUGUGCCAGCAGAUGCACCCAUGGCGGGAGGUGUGGGGUUUCGGGGUAGUGGGGGAGGCAUUGUAGAUGGAUUACCUAAUGUACGUUACCCUCAUCGUAAACGAAAUUUUUGGCAAAGAUCUUCCCCUUUGGAAAAAUCACUGAUGGUGUUAUCGCUUCUUUUAUUAUUAGUAGUAAUAAUUUUGUCCGCCAUCUUGGACGCCCGUUCUCAGCCACCGUCACUAAAAGUUGUUCACGUCACCUCUGGAAAUCAAAACUUCACAUCCAAAAAUGGAAACCCACCGUACUGUGUCACUCCGGCAUGUGUAACUGUUGCAAGUGCUAUCAUUAAUGCUAUGGAUUACACCAUCGAUCCAUGUGACGACUUCUAUCAGUAUGCCUGCGGAGGAUGGAUCAGAUCCAAUCCAAUACCAGAAGGUAAAUCCAUCUGGGGAACAUUCGGAAAAUUAUGGCAAGAAAACCAGUUGGUAAUGAAGAACGUUUUGGAGGACGAAACUAUAGAACUUCAAAGCAAAGCCGAGAGAAAAGCUCGAAUCUAUUAUUAUUCAUGUCUUGAUAAAAAUGAAACAGUGGAAGAACUCGGAGCGCAGCCUCUUUUGGAUUUCAUAAAGCAA